UUUAAUUAUUGUUUGACAUUUUUGUGUCUUAUAUUCAACUGUGAAACUUUUUAACAUACUUUCAACACCGAUACAUAUGUUGUUACAUUAUUUUAAUUGUAACAUCGGAUAAUAACAUUAAUACAAAUAUUUAUAAGAAUAAUAAAAAUAAUCAACAACGCAAUUGUUACUGAGUGAGCAAACUUCUGGAAAUAAUUUUACAGAAAUGGUGCACAUUGAUAAAAUAAAAGAGAUUUAUCCUUUACACUGGCUGGUGUGGAACAAUGAUUAUCUCGAACUUGACAGAACUUUGUCAAGCAAUCAGCAUGACAAAGAAAAACAGGACUGUAGAGGAAGAACUCCUCUUAUGUUGGCGGUAACACUGGGUCAUAAAGAAUCUGUAGAAAUCCUUCUUCACCACGAAGCUAAUGUUUAUGCAGAAAAUACACAGGGAUGGAGCGUGGUCCAAGAAGCAGCGGGGACUGGUAACGCUGAAAUACUCGAAAUGGUUUUAACUCGUCGAGAUUACCAAAGAUAUUGCAAUCGUGUUGAUGGUAUUCCUGAAUUACUUCAUAAAUUAAAACAAGCACCAGAUUUUUAUGUAGAAAUGAAAUGGGAGUUUACUAGUUGGGUUCCUUUGGCAUCACGAAUGUGUCCAAGUGAUACAUACAAAGUCUACAAACAAGGAAGUAAUGUUAGAAUUGAUACAACCCUAUUAGGGUUUGAUCAAGCUAGUUGGCAAAGGGGCAAUCUUAGUUAUAUAUUCAAAGGUCAAAAUGAUGGUGCAACAAUGAUGGAAGUAGAUCACGAAACCCGCGAAGUGUAUGUAGAUCAUAUGAAACUAAUUGAAGACGGAAAUGUUCAGUUAAUGGCUCCAUCAGAAAAAGCAAUAAUGGCCAGACUUUCCAAUCCAAUUGUCACAACCUAUGUUGAUACGGACAAAAUAAGCUUUGAAAGAAACAAAGCUGGUAUUUGGGGCUGGAGGUCAGAUAAGUGUGAAGUAGUCAAUGGCCAUGAAUGCAAAGUUUUCAGUGCUAGUAAUGUAGAAUUGAUAACAAAAACUAGAAUUGAACAUUUGUCUGAAGCAGAUAAACUACGUGCUAGAACACCUCGUACACCACUUCAAUCAUUUUUAGGAAUUGCGGAACAACAACAAGAAGAAGCUUGUGGUGCUACAUGUAGUCAAGAGUUUAGUAAUGUUGGGAAUCCAUCAAAUAUUACUCCUGAAGAGUACUUUGAUGCCGAUGUAAACCUUAAUGGCCGUGACAUUGGUAGACCAAAAGAAGUUAAUACAAAAAUUCAAAAAUUCCGUGCAACUUUAUGGCUUUCGGAAGAAUAUCCUCUAAGUCUUCAAGAACAAAUCAUGCCUAUUGUCGAUCUAAUGGCUAUCUCUAGUACACAUUUUGCUAAACUUAAAAACUUUAUUCAAAUGCUACUGCCUUCCGGUUUCCCAGUCAAAAUAGAAAUUCCACUUUUCCAUGUACUCAAUGCAAGAAUAACAUUCGGAAAUAUAUUUGGACUGGACCAAGAUGUACCUCACGUACAAAGAAUUAAUGAAGGAAACCGAGUUACGUGUGUUGUUGACGAUAUUUGUUUUGAAGCACCACUUGGUUACUCAAGACUUGGUACACUCGACCGAACACAGUUCAGUAUUGAAGAAGAAGACGACUUGCUACAAUUUGCUAUCCAACAAAGUCUUUUAGAAGCUGGUAGUGAAAAAGAUGAAGUUGAUAUAUGGGAGGCCUUGAGAGCACAAAAGCCUUCGCGUCCAACUACACCAAAUAUGACGGAAGAAGAGAGAGAAAAUCAAAGGAGACUUCAAGAGAAUCUGGAGUUAUGUAGUUUAAUGAUGGAAGCUAUGACGGAUCAUAAAAAAAAUAGUGAACCACCAAAUAAUGAUGGAUUCGAUGAUUGGGCUGAACAAAUAGCUUUGGCAUUGAGACUCUCAAAGCAGCAUUUAUUAGAAGAAGAGCAGCAACGAUUACUUGAAGAAGAAACUCUACGACAAGUACUGGAGCUUUCACUUACGGAGAAGUGAAAUUUUAAAACUUUUUUCCUGGACGUCAAACUGAUUUUUUCGAUGCAUAUAUAAAAACGCAUCACGAGAAAAAAAAAUCUUAAACACUGUUUUAUAUUACCAAUCUAGUGUGAACUUAUUAUACCAGGUCAAUCAAAAGUAUCGACAUAAAAUAAGUAGUUUAGGAAAAUAAAAUGACUAUUCAUUUCUCAAACAUUUUAUAUAAAUGGAGGAUGAAGUAUCCGUAAUAGAAAAUGAAAGCAAAAUUCUUAAUAAUUUCAGUGCUUCAAAGCAAAAUGACAUCUAUAUGUGCAUUCUAAUAAAUUGAAAGUACAUUAAUAUAAGUUACUGCAAUGUCAAUAACUGAUUUUAAAUGAUUAAAACUCUUUAUUUCAAA